AACAAAGCCUAACCAACCACUAUGAUCAUCAUAUCAAUCCGUACUUCAGUCGCAACAAUACUUCCCUCUUCCUAUCUAGCCUAGCUAUAUUAUUUACACUAAAAAAAUAACAUUUUUACUAUCAAGUAGUUCGACGACGACCCAUCACUCUCUUCUUGCAUUUAUUAUGAUGUCGAUCACUCAAACAAUGACUGAUCUUAUUGCUUUGCUUGCUCAUGUUCCAUCUUUAGUCGAAAUAUUUUACGCUUGUCGUAUCCCUUCAGAAUUCCAAGCUCUUGAACAGAACCUGCAAAUUUUGGAAUUAGUGGCAAGAUGUGUUUCUGGAAUCUUUAACGAAUAGGGCAUAACCGUCGACUGUGCUUUAGAUAUCUCCUCCCUAUCUCUAGCCCUAGAAUCAUUAAUAUGUUGAUACGUCAAUGUAAAGGAUAACAAUCAAGGUUUGACUUGAGAGAAAAUUGGAGGGAUCUAUCUUCACUUAAGUCAAACCGGGAUGCAAUGCAGAUUUUUUCUUCCAUAUCUACUCUGACAGAGUUAUUGUGAUCGCAAGUCCGUCAUCAUCGUUCAUUAGAGUCUAAGGUCGUCAUUGAAUUUUUGAUCAAUCAUUUGCACAUAUAACCAUGAUUUAAGCUUCAUCAGCCUCUCAUCAAACUUUCAGUAAACCACACAUUUGAAGACAUGGCGCCAGAGGAGCAGGUGAUACAAUCAUCAAGAAGUUGAGAGAAUUGUAUUGCGGAAAGAAAGAGCAAGUAUCUCUCAAUAAAAAAACCAGAGAGAUAAAGACCCAAAGUAUGGAGGGAAGUGAAGACUGGAGAGAGAUCCAUUAUAUACUUCGCAACCACCUUUGCAACUAAUUGUUGGCUCCUUCACCUUGUUCUCACCAAACUCUCCCUUCCUUCGCUCUAUCUCUAUCGUUGGUGGAAGCGGUGACAACAAAGGCAAAGACUCGCUCCGACGCAGCUGGAAGCAAUUCCCUAUUGUGCCACGUCCCAGACUAUAUCACACAAUCCUUGGCGGAGAUAUUGAUGUACGUUACCGUCCUUAAAUCCGAUGAGCUCUGGAUAUAUCUAGAAACUCCUCCUUUGCUUUGUUUGGAUCCAACAAUUGUUCGUAAAGAAGUUGUUUAUUGAGGCGAGCGCUGGGCAAGACGAAAAGAUGAAUGAGGGAAGAAGUGGGUGGAUUCAUAUUCUUUUAUCUUUCUUCCCCCAUUUUUUUCAAAAUUUGUUUUUGUUUAGUUAUAAAAUUCUAUUAAAUUUUUUAACAAUAACUUCACAUAUGUUACAUACAUGAGCAACAAAUAAGCGUCACAUACUUAAUGGUCAAGUAUAGAUUAACCACUUGUAAAUUAAGGGUUAACUAUAACAUUAACAAAAACCCUUGAAACAAAAAUAAUAUUGGUUUCAAUAGAUUAAAAUAUUUUGUCUUUAUUAAAAAUAUAAUCUGUAAAUAACAAUUUUGUUACAAUUAGUAUUUUUAGUGUUGUAUACCAGAAUUUUUCUAUUGUUGGUAGAAUCUUUUCCUACUUUGUCAUGUUCCACAAAAAUCUGGCCACACAGUUGUUCGUUGCCACCACCUCUUCGGCCGACCUCCCAUUUCAAGUCAAACCAGAAACAUAACUCAAUUGAAAGCCCAAUUCCUUUUUAUUCCAAUUCCAAUCCCUAAAGUUUCUCCUUCCCGUACCCUCCAUAGCUACCCUCCCGCCGGCCAAAACCCACCGCCCCGGCCAACAUCCACCGCCUCUUCGCUUCCUCCGAUGCCCAAUCCUCGUCUGAAUUUCCAAUAGUGUUGUCCCCUUGUUUCUUCAGAUUUUCCUGUUCCGUGAAUUAGAAGUAGGGUUCGGCGACGGCGGCGGCAAUGGGGAAGGGGCUCCUCUAAUGCACCCGGCGUGGAAUGUUGGAGGAGACCGCCGUCGUCGAGGCUCGUGAAUUGCUCUUCCCCCGUCGAGCUAUUCAUCGCCUCGAUACUCCUGCCGCCGUCGAUUGAUUUCAUAUUCAUUUUUCGUUGGAAAAAAUAAUAAUAAAAGAACUCCCAAGUUUUAGAUGCGCGCAAGCAGGAGAUUCGUGAGAUUAUUGUCCCCAUUAGAGUCCUCUGUUCACUGUUAUAAGUGGUGCGUAUUCAUUUCCGUGGUGUUAUUUUCUUGUUUUGGGGUGGUUUCUACGGCAGCAAGAAUGAGAGCGGAUAUGGUUGCUGGCCGAGGCGGCUGCAUUGGUGGCGGCGUUGGUGGCUAUGGAUUGGUAUUGGCUUCUCCUUCUUCCUCUUCUUCUUCUAGUCAUAAUGAUGCUACUUAUUAUCCCGCAAUAGACCGGCCCCGAGAGGCUGAUUUUGUAGAGAAGGAUCCUUCUGGUAGAUAUGUUCGUUAUGACGAGGUUUUGGGCAAGGGUGCUUUUAAAACAGUGUACAAGGCUUUUGAUGAAGUAGAUGGUAUAGAAGUGGCAUGGAACCGGGUAAAGAUUGAUGAUGUAAUGCGGUCAGAAGAGGAUCUGCAGAAACUGUACUCAGAGGUACAUUUAUUGAGAUCAUUGAAGCACGAAAGCAUCAUUUCAUUGUACGAUUCUUGGGUGGACGAGAAGAAGAAAACUAUCAACAUGAUUACCGAGCUCUUUACAUCUGGGAAUUUGAGACAGUAUCGAACAAAGCAUAAAAAUGUUGAUAUGAAGGCAGUCAAGUGCUGGGCGCGGCAAAUUCUCAGUGGCCUAGUCUACCUCCACAGUCAUAACCCUCCUGUAAUUCAUAGGGAUUUAAAGUGUGACAACAUUUUUGUUAAUGGCAAUCAUGGAGAAGUCAAGAUAGGAGACCUAGGAUUGGCCAUUGUCAUGCAGCAGCCUACUGCUAAAAGUGUCAUUGGAACUCCAGAAUUUAUGGCUCCAGAACUUUACGAGGAGCAAUACAAUGAGCUAGUAGAUGUGUAUUCCUUUGGGAUGUGCAUGUUAGAGAUGGUUACUUUCGAAUACCCUUAUAGUGAAUGCAAAAAUCCAGCUCAAAUCUAUAAGAAGGUUACUUCCGGAAUCAAACCUGCUUCACUUAGUAAGGUUAGCGAUCCACAAAUGAAGAAGUUUAUUGAGAAAUGUCUGCUUCCUGCAUCUGUCCGUUUGUCAGCAAUAGAACUUCUAAGAGAUCCAUUCCUUCAUCCUGAGAAUUCACUGUCAGCAGCUCGUGACCCCUUGCCCUUGCCUAAACAUUGUGUUGUAAACCCCAUCACCGUACCUCCUAAAUCUGGUACAUUCUCCAUGGAAUUGGUUAGUAAUUCCAGCAAGCUUUCUUUCAGUUCGUGUACAGAGAGCAACCUUGGAAGUCCUAGGUUGCCAACUAUUGAGCUUAUAAGGGUGCAUAGGAACAAUGAGUUUAGAUUGAAAGGGAUGAAAAAUGAAGACAACUCGGUUUCAUUGAGCUUGCGUAUUGCUGACUCUUCUGGCCAAGUGAAGAAUAUUCAUUUUCUGUUCUAUCUCGAUAGUGAUACUGCAGUAGCUGUAGCAGCUGAGAUGGUUGAACAGCUGGAGCUGGCAGAACAUGAUGUGGCCUUCAUAGCUGAGUUUAUUGAUUACUUGAUGAUGACGCUUCAUCCUGGCUGGAAGCCCUCGUCCGCUUGUUCCUCAAGUGGUGCGUUUAGCUGUUUGGUCGAGUCCCCAGUUCAACUAAAUAGUAGAAACUCGUCUUCUUGGAAUGAUUCUAUGGUUACUAAGAGUCCUCCCCCCGAAGAAUCGGCCAAUAUGGAGCAAGAUUUGGUCUCCAGGUUAAGUGUGGGAAAUCAAUAUUCUCACCUUGAAGAUGGGUUCUCACAACUACAAUUCGACUACAACUCUUCUCCAAGUUUGGCUCACAUGGACGAUCAAGGCUCUUCAUCACACGGAUCAGUUGUCUCAGAAUCAAUUAUUGAAGAUGCUUACUUGAAUGACAAGGAAACAUUUGGACACCGUGGCUACGAGACUGACGGAGGAUGUUCCCAAGGCUUAGCUGGGCGUGGUUCCCAGUUGGAGCUCAUGGAUCCAUAUUUUGCCUCUCAAUCUAGAAAAAUAACAGGCAACAGUAUUGAAUCCACCACUAUUAUUGAUCAAUCCGUGGUGAAUGCGGAUUUGUCAUUUCCCCAGUUGAGUACACCCUCGUCCGACGACAUGGUGAUCUUGGCUAGCAAUCAUUCCUCUGCGGCCUUGCUUGAUACAGAUCCUGAGGAAGAGAUGAAGGAGGAAAUUGAAGCUAUUGAGGCACAGUAUCGGUGUUGGUUUCAGGAGCUUGCUCGGAUGAAGGAGAAAGCAGUGCAGGUGAGCAGGGAGAGAUGCAUGGCAAAGAAGAAGCUCUCUGUUUACUGAUUAUUAUAUUUCUAAGCACGCAACAGAUUGUUUUUUCACAUAGCAAAUUUUAUUUUCCCGAACUUCCCAAUUGAAAUGACGUCCUGUUUGUUGAGGUUACAGCUCUUUUUUGAGUUAGCUGUGAUCUUUGUGGGGCAUUAACUUUGUGCUCCACUAAACAAUAUUUGACGUUGUAGAGGAGGUAAGUAUGGAAAAUUUGCUUGUGGAAUCAUAAAGAACAAAAACUCGGUUUGUUAAAUGGUAUUGUCGUCCUCCCUGAGUCUGAGUUCGGAAAGCGUGUUAAAUAUAGCACCUGCCAAACAAAUGAUGAGUGCACCAAUUGAAAUGAAAUGAAUGAGAAAGU